AAUUAGCUACUUUACCAGCUUCUAGCUCUGUAGCGCGUAGACUGCACGACUUGGCACUAGUUUUAAUCGAUUUCUUAGGAUGGAUUUGUAUAUAUUUGACUAAAAUUACACCUAUUCUAGAAAACUCGAAGUUGGUGUCGGGCAUGACCUGCCAUCUGUAGCUACCUCCAAAAGGUGACCUUCCACACGUCACCACCCAUCCCAAAUUGUCUUACUUCACGACAGAAGCGCAGCUACCUCGACAGCAGUAUUUCAUCAAAACCCGUAAUUUCAACGUAAGACAUGGCUUCUUCUGAUGCACCUUCAGACGCCUCCAGUCCGACGAGCUUACCGACCGCUGCCGAACUGUCAGAGGCGCUCAAGAUCGAGGUUUAUGAUCGCGAAGGGAAAACUCACAUUCUAGGAGAUCUGGUCAAAGGAAAACAAAGUGUUUUGAUAUUUACUAGGCAUUUCUGGUGUCUAAAUUGCCAAGCCUAUCUCCGAUGCAUCAGCGAAUCAAUACCCCCGUCUGACCUUCCCCCUUCUACUCAAAUCCUGGCAAUCGGCUGCGGUUCUUACCAACCCAUCGACACAUAUGCAGUGAAAUCAGCAUCUGCCUAUCCCAUCUACACGGAUCCUUCGCUCCGUCUACACAACAUCUUUGGCUUCAAGUACAACCUAGCUGAGGCCAAAGUCGGCGAUGAGCAGAAGGACUACAUGCGCGAUGCAGGAAGCACUGCAUCCAGGAUCUGGGGCGGCAUCAAGGGUGCAGUGGCUAACAUUCAACAUGUGAACCAGGUCGGACCCAAGGCGUUAAAUGGUGGAGAAGUAAUCAUUUCCGCAGAUGGUAAAUGCGAGUACAUGUAUCGCAUGCAAAACACUGUGGAUCAUACUAAUAUCUCAGAGUUGGCGCGCCUGAUUGGGGUCGAGGCUAAGACCUUGGAUCACAGUGAGGAAACGAAGCAGCCUUGUGGCGAUGCAUGCGCGGUUGAAGCUAAGUAGAUAUAUACGUUAAUAGCCUAAAGCAAUGAGAUUGUGCUUAGGACAAGUGAAAAAGAGCUACCACAUUGGGCGAUAAUUGGUGUAUGUAGCGU